ACCAUAAGAUAACGGUCAUAAUCGAAAUUUAGUACGUUCUGUUCUAUAUUUAUUUAAACAGGCUUACAUGUGUUACCUUACAAGUUAAAUUACUAAAGACACGGAAUGCAAUAAUUAGGUAGCACUCACAUCGGCUUAAGAUUAAGCAGUAUUCAAGGGAGUUUAGGCAUGGAACAGCUUGUUAUGAAAGCAAGAGGCAAAAUAAAGCAACUGGUUUUACUGCUCGUAUAUAUGUUACUAGUUGGCACAGAAGCAGAAAUCACCUCUGCAUACUCAUGGGGCGGUGCAGAAAUUACUACCGUUGAUCAACAUACGUAUUCAUUCAACGGUCAUGGAGAAUACACUUUUCUCGAAACAAGCAAUCAAUCACUACAGAUUCAAGCCCGCACUGAUUUCAUGAUCGAAGGAAAUACAGACGCAACGAUAUUCGUCGCCUUCGUUCUUUCAGUUAACCUAAAGAAUGACACAAUUACAAUAGUGUACAACAGAACAGAUAGACUAUUGUAUCUGUAUCAACAUGAUGGAUCGUUGUGGACUAACUCUAAUGGAAGUAAACACCCAGAACCAUCAACUAACAGGGGAUUUAUACUUGUUUGUACUCCUCCAUAUGGUUUUAUUGUAAUGCCAACACAAAGAAUAAGCAUCAGAAAGUUAACCUUUAGCGGACACAAUUUUAUGGGUAUUACUGUCGAUACUUAUGGAAGGGAUGUAGUUGACUUAAAAGGUCUAGCAGGGAACUUGGUUCAAGGAUAUUUUAUUGCCGGAAAUGGAAGCAAAGUCAAAAGUAAUUCUACCGAGCGACAGAUGUUUGAAUUUGGUGAAACAUGGACAGUUUCAGAAAGUGAAAGUAAAUUCAACUAUUCUAUUACUGGAGGUAAUUAUACAUUUUGGAACGGACGCCAUGAUGUGCCGAAAUUCUUACAGGAUAUUGCAGAGAAAGGCGAUCUGCUUCGUUUAUUUGAAGGCUUUUCAGAUGCUAACAUAACACUUUUCAAUGAAACGUGUAGAAAUUCUUGGGACAUGCAGCCUAACAUCCAAUGUCUGGUUGUUAUUGGAACAACAGAAGAUGUUACUCUUGGGCAAGCUGUAAUGAAAGCUGCAGAGGAAAGACACUACAAGUAUUUACUACAACAUAACAAACCUCCACAUUUCAAAAACAAUACCCCGACUUUUCUGAAUGUAACCUUGGGAACCAAUUUAAAGAUACUUGACGUGAAACUGUACGUAACCGACGACUUUGAUGAUCCAGAUGAAAUGACGUACAAUGUUAUAACACAAGUGAAAAAUUACACAUUUAAUAAUGGCAGUUUUACCUGGAAUGUUGGCACAUAUUUAAGAUACAGCGACAGCAGUUUGACAUUCACUGUGAAUGACACGCUAGGAUAUUUAGCGGCAAGACAAAUUAUAAUUUAUUACUGCGGAUGUGAGAACCCGUCACAGUGUGAUUUUAGAUCGUUUAAUAACAAUUCUUCAGCGACAAUACAGAAAGCAGCUUGCAAGUGUCCUGCAUACUCCGGAGGCUUAUACUGCGAAGUACAGUUAGAUCCUUGUAAAGAUUACACAUGUUACGAGAAUAAUUGCAAUGGAUAUUUCAAUCGCAAUAGUCCAGCGUGGCCGUGUGCAGAUUGUCCAGAAGGAAAAACAAACCUGAUCGCUUCCUAUAAACAAACUUGUGAAAAUAUAAACGAGUGUACAGUUGGUCCUAAUCCUUGCGGACAAAUUUGCAAUGACACGGAUGGCUCAUAUAAAUGUUUUUGUAAAGAAGGGUUCACGUUAAAUAUAGAUGGUCAUAAAUGUGAUGAUAUAGACGAAUGCACGUUAACUCCAUCAAAAUGCACAGGAGAGAAUGAGGUGUGUCUGAAUAUCGAAGGAAAUUUUAGUUGCAUUUGUAAGCCAGGAUAUAGCAAGAAAAGUGAUGCAUGCGAACAAGAAGGGGGUUACACAUAUGUUGGACAUAUGUCUUUUACCAUCUUGGUGAACGCUGAACAUGUUUCUGUAAUAAACAAGACUAUUGAUACUUAUCAAAACAGAAAAGACAUCCAAGACAAGAUUGCAGCAGGAUUUAAUAACACGAAGGGGUUUUUGGGUGUGGAAGUUUUCCGAUUGACUUUGUUAAUCCACCAGGGAAAUAAAACAAGACCUCAGGCUGGUCGGUAUGAUGUUCGUGCAGAUUACGUUGUUCACUGGAGAAAUGUAACUGACAUUAAAGAUAUAGAUUCCGAAAAUAUACUGUGUAAUUUGACAUCAAAUGGCAACUGUGACCCAGCAACAACUGACUGUCAGCAACAGAAUGGCACAACGGUUUGCAAAUGCAAGGACGGAUAUGGGAAAUUGAAUCCAUCAGAAAAAUUCUGCAUCGACAUUGAUGAAUGCGCCGAAAACAAAACUGACUGUUCUGGACAUGGGAAUUGUAGGAAUAUGCUUGGCGAUUAUACGUGUGACUGUGAUAAGGGAUUUAUCUUCAACGAAACUAAUAAAUCGUGCGAAGAUUUUGACGAAUGCUACUAUAACUAUACAGUGUGUGGAAACAGAGAGAUAUGCAUAAACACUGUUGGAGCAUUCAAAUGCAUAUGUGCACCAGGAUAUUUUCGUGCUUCGAAAAACGAACCUUGUAAAAUACCAGGCAAGUUGGAAGAUUCUGUUAAUGUAAAGUGCAAUAGCUCACAAUGGGAUAUAAGUAUGGAUAUUGACAUGUUAAAGACGAUUUACCCUGGCAUCAGACCACAUAACAUAUAUUUAGGGGAAUCACAAUGUCACGGAAUACUAGAAGGGUCCAUUCUAAUGUUCAAUUAUAAUAUCAGUAGCUGUAAAACAACAAAAAUGACAUCAGGCAUUACACACAUCUUUAGCAACAAAUUAUUUUAUGUCAUCUUUGAUCCUGUUAUACCGUAUUUAAUUCGUCGACAUAUAUGGACUUUUGCUGUAGAGUGUGAUGUUAUCAGAGGGGGAACGGGGACAUCACAUUUACAUCAUGGCAUUGAAACACAUCAUGCAACAUACGUUCAACAUUAUAAUGUCACUGUGGAACUUUUUAGUGAUCAAAAUUUUCAGCAUCCUAUACAUGGAGGGACCGGAAUUAUCCAUGUAGGAGAGGACGUGUACGUCAAGAUAUCUACGACCAUACCAGAUUGGAAUACAAAAAUGCGACUUCACACUUGUUUUACUAGACCGAAUACAAAUUCGACAAGUGACAUGGAUGUUGUUUUGAUAAAUAAUGGAUGUGAAGUAGACGGAAACACACACAUUAUUUCACAGUCAACACAUGAGACUAGAUUUGUUUUUCAAGAUUUUGAGUAUCUUACAAAUGAUGAAGGGCUAGACAUUUACUGUAACGCAACAUUUUGUGAUUCUAAAGAUUACUCGUCAUGUUGCGUACAGACUUGCCAUCAACGGCCUUCAUUGAUCGGAUGACUGCUUUAAACUGAAGACCAAUAAAUGACAAUUGUUUCGGGCUUUGUUUAUUUUGCUUUCCCCAAACACCCUAUCGUUGUAUCUGUUAUUCAUUUUUGUAUUUUGAAUAUGAUAUGAAUAAAAUAUAUUUUUUGUUGAAUGUUUAAAUCAACCCGUCUGCUCUAUUUGCAGCUGUGCAUGGUUCUCUGACUAUGUUUGUGGUGCUCUGUGCUUCCGGAAAAUCUACUCUUAUCUUUAUUUUUGUGUGAGUGUAAAUAUACGUUAACACCCAUUUGCUCUUUUGUGUAAAAUAUGAUUUUUAUAGAUUAACAUUUGCCUUUGUCUAUGUAAUAUAAUAUCAAAUAAACAAAUAUGUGUGUAUAUUUAAAUUAUUUACGGAAACUAAAUUGAUAAAAUCAAGAAAUAUACAAUUAAACAUUUGUCUU